CUUCCUCCUCCUUGAAUGGACUCCAUCUCUGCAAGCCAAACGCUCUUUUGCUGAAGCUUUGGAGGGAGACAGUGAAGAUCCCAGCUUGUCGGCGUGUUGAGUUUUCCUUUUUCUUCCCCUCGUGCUACUGCUGAGAAAAGUCGACUGCUGAGACUUUGCUGUGUCGCCAUGAACUUUUGUUGGACUUAAGGAGUUUCCAGAGCAGCUGUGUGGCGUCGUAAACAACUGAUGGACAAAAGCUGAACCAGACAAGAUUUGUGAAAGAGGAGAAAAAGUUCUUUUAGGUGGCUAAUUUGGGUUCAGGUCUGCCAGACACACAGGCAGGGAGGCAGACAGGUAGAAAGGUACAGGGUGACAGAUCAAGUUUAAAAAUAGCCUACCUUUGUCCUAGUUUUGUCCCCUGGACCACGAUGGGUUCAGACGUUCGUGACCUGAACUCCCUGCUGCCCCCGCUCCCGGCGGGCCCCAGCCCCGGCUGCCCGGCCCUGCCCGUCAGCACGGCCCCUCAGUGGGCUCCCGUCCUGGACUUCCACACCGCCGCCUCCCCUUACUCCUCCCUGGCUGCCCCCCACACCUCCCUGGGACCACACUCCUUCAUCAAGCAGGAGCCCAGCUGGGGGACCACUACCGACCCCCACCACCUUGACACGGACCCUCACUGCGGCCUCAGCGCCUUCACCGUCCACUUCUCUGGGCAGUUCACGGGGACCGGGGCCUGCAGGUACGGGGCGGCGUUUGGGGCUCCCCCGCCUCCGCAACCAACCCCCAGUCAACCGGCACCUGUGGCCGCCCCGCACCACCACCAGGCCCCCAGCAGGAUGUUCAGCAACCCACCGUACCUGACCAACUGCCUCGACACACAGCAGGCAGCCCGCAACCAGACAGGUUACAGCACGGUUGCAUUCGACGGAGCCGGUAAUUACGGUCACACUCCUACACACCACAGCUCGCAGUUUUCCAACCACUCCUUCAAACACGAAGACGCUUUUACCCAGCAGAGCACUAUGGACUCCAGUUUUGCUCCUCUGUCCUACAAAGGCAGUGACUACAGGAGCAGUGAAGUUGAGAAAAGGGAGUUUUCAAGCUGGCCAGCAAACUUUGUAACAGGUGAGCAGCAGUAUUCUGUACCUCCUCCUGUCUACGGAUGCCACACACCUUCAGACAGCUGUACAGGCAGCCAGGCUCUGCUGCUGAGGAAUCCUUACAACAGCGGAAAAAAUUUAUGUCAAAUGACCUCUCAGUUGGAGUGUGUGGCAUGGGACCCUGUCAAUACUCUGGCAUCCACCAUAAAGAGCCACGCAGCAGGCUACGACAGUGACCCCAGCGCCCCCAUGGUGUACAGCUGCAGCACACAGUACCGCAUACACACACAUGGAGUCUUCAGGGGCAUACAGGAUGUGCGGCGGGUGCCCAGCAUCGCUCCAGCCAUAGUGCGGUCAGAGAGCAGCGAGAAGCGUCCGUUCAUGUGUGCCUACCCAGGAUGCAACAAACGCUACUUCAAGCUGUCUCAUCUGCAGAUGCACAGUCGCAAACACACAGGGGAGAAACCCUACCAGUGUGAGUUCACAGACUGUGGCCGGAGGUUUUCUCGCUCUGACCAGCUCAAAAGACACCAGAGGAGGCACACAGGAGUUAAACCCUUCCAAUGCGAGACGUGUCAGAGAAAGUUCUCUCGGUCUGACCACCUUAAGACACACACCCGGACUCAUACAGGUAAAACAAGUGAGAAGCCGUUUAACUGCCGGUGGCCGAACUGUCAGAAGAAGUUUGCCCGGAGUGAUGAGUUGGUGCGACACCACAACAUGCACCAGAGGAACCUCACCAAGCUCCAGCUGGCCAUCUGAACCAUCUGUGUCAAACCCAUAUCACCGUGUAGACAUCUGGUCAUUGUGUCUUCUUAUAUUUUCUGUCUCUGGUUAAUCCAAACCUGGUGACCCCCUUUGCACUCACAAAACCAGCCUCUGUGGGGGCCAGUAGAGUAAUGUAGGUGUAUAUCAAUUAGAUUUUAUGGACUAGAUACCACAGUAUACACAGUCUGUCUCAGAGACUGGACGUUCUGGAUGCAGAAUUUUAAGGGUAGUAUUCUGUUUUUUUGUUAUUACCAACAAAUCCCAUGAAACAAUGUGUGAAAAACACAGCACCCCCCAAACAUAAUUUCCUAAAAAAAUUGUAAGCUGUGGUUUUUAGAAUAAGUUACUCAUUCAGGAGUGAGUAGUGAAUUUGCUUGUGACUAUUUUCAGCUACAGAUUUGACGUAGGAGUGAGUGUUGAGGUCUCUUAAUUACUCAUCAUGUUGAUGUUGGUAUAUUUGCACCUCAUGACAGUCUACAGGAACCUCAGACAAACAUUUUCCCAUCUUAAUUAUAAUGUAAGUGUUCAUUCAUCCCCAAUCAUUGUCUAUUUCCUUGCCAACAUGCACCACCAUGUGCACAGUGAGGUCAACGGUUAUGGUCAGUUACAUACAUGCCCCCACAGCUUAGCGCCUUUUCAGCUGUUGUAAAUAUUUCUAAUGUUGAACUGCUUUUGGCUUAUUUAUUAUCUUGUGGGCAAAAAUUGCUUUCACUGGAAUGAUUUAAAAGGAGAGAGGUGCCAUUCUUAUAGUUUACACAGCUAUACCAUAAAAGAUCAUGCUUGGAUUGAUUUAAAGAGAUCAACCCAAGUGAAGAACUUGCAACUAACACCUUCUGCAGUGUCUACAAUGUAAGCCUUUGGUGUUUUGUCUGGUCAGCAUAAAAUAUACUUGCCUUUGCUGUUCUGUAUUUAAAAAGCAGAACUUUUUUUUUUUUUUGAGUAAUGUAAGGAUUGGUUGUUGUUUUUUUCUAGCAGUGCUCAGCGCUCUUGGAGCUAAAAUGUCUGAGUCUCUUGUCUCUGUUGUGUGUAAAUAUUGCUGGACUUUGGCAGUGUUCUAGACACUGCAAGCUCUAAAGUAUGUCUGUGGGGUCACACUGGCUCUGUGGCCGUGACAUAAUGGUCAAGAUGUAUAUAAUACUUCUUCACCAUGGGAACUGAACUCUUUCCAUGGGGGAAAAUAUGUAACUUAACUGAUACAUUUUAGAGUUUUCUUUGGAUGAAUCCAGGAACUGUUUAUACUUUCAUUCUUUCUUUCAUGUGUAUUAAUAUUUGAGUCAUAAAACAGCAAAUGCCAGUGAAACAUUUUUUACUCAAAAGUGUGAGAUAAUUGAAAAUGAUGCUUUCUCUCUGUGUAAAUGUAUUGUGACUCUUUUGAUACAGUA